AAAAUUGAUUGCAAUAAUAUUUCUUUGGUGACUGUAUUGUGCCUUUUAAUACAGGAUGUGAUGUUUGGAGGGACGGAAACCGUGGCAUCAGCGAUUGAGUGGGCCAUGGCGGAGCUAAUGAGAAGCCCAGAAGACCAAAAGAGGGUCCAACAGGAGCUCGCGGAUGUAGUGGGCCUUGACCGUCGGGUCGAAGAGUCCGAUUUUGAGAAACUCACGUUCCUAAAAUGUGCCCUUAAAGAGACCCUACGCCUCCACCCUCCGAUCCCGCUCCUCCUCCACGAGACGGCCGAGGAAGCGACGGUCAGCGGCUACUUCAUUCCCAAGAAAGCGCGCGUGAUGAUCAACGCGUGGGCAAUUGGGAGAGACAAAAACUCAUGGGAGGAACCCGACUCAUUCAAACCCGCCAGAUUUUUGGAACCGGGCGUGCCCGACUUCAAGGGUAGCAACUUCGAGUUCAUUCCUUUCGGGUCGGGUCGCAGGUCCUGCCCCGGGAUGCAGUUGGGGCUGUACGCGCUUGAAUUGGCGGUGGCUCACCUCCUUCACUGCUUCACGUGGGAAUUGCCAGAUGGAAUGAAACCCAGUGAGUUGGACAUGGGUGACAUUUUCGGACUCACCGCUCCAAAAGCCACGCGACUCAUCGCUGUGCCAACCAAGCGCGUGGUGUGCCCUCUCUUUUAGAAAAAAAAAACAACAACAAUUUAAUCCCUUUUAUUUUCUUUUUUUUUCAUAUUUUAUUUUCAUCCCAAUUAUACAUAAUCAUCAUAAAUAAUACGAAGUGAGAGAAACAAUAAGAAUGUGGUACAUGUAGUUGUUCUCUCUAUUUCGAAAACAAAAAACUGAAAAACUCUUCUUGAUUCGAUGUGUUUCUUUUUGCCCCAC